UGUCUUGGUUCUUCUCAAAACAGUGCGAAGUGAUGUGGACGCUCUAAAAUGUAGUUAGGUGAUACGCAUAGACUGCACCCAUUACAAAAAGUGACGCGUUUCUUCUCAGAAGGACUUGCUCUCUAAACAGCGAUUUAAGAGUACACAACCAGACUUCUCCGAGUCCAAACAUGCCAGAUUCUGCAUCGAAUGAUUCUGGUUCGAGGGUAUGUGACCCUCAACACUCUCAGAACCUCCUCAGAGUUCUUCGCACUUUCUGGCAAGAGCAAAGCUUCCAUGAUGCACUUCUGGUGGUGGACGGUGAGGAACUUCCUGUCCAAAAAAAUAUCUUGGCUGCAGCCAGCCCAUAUAUUCGGACCAAGCUAAACUACAAUCCUCCAAAAGAAGAUGGGUCAACCUACAAGAUUGAGCUACAGGGGGUCUCCAUGCCAAUCAUGAAACAAAUCCUCGACUUUAUCUUCAGUGGUGAAAUAACUUUGAGUGAAGGGACCAUCCAGGACAUGGUGCAAGCAUCGGAUCUGCUUCUCAUGACAGAGCUAAAGUUGUUGUGUUGCCAGUUCCUUGAAAGCUGCAUCACAGCAGAGAACUGCAUUGGCAUCCGUCUUUUCUCCCUCCAUUACUGCCUACACCAUGUCCAUUACGCUGCCACGGAGUACCUGCACACGCAUUUCCGCGAUGUGGCGCUCACAGAAGAGUUCAGGGAGUUGCCUCACGACCGACUCUGUGAAGUGCUGGCUGAGGAGAAACUUAACGUCGGAAAUGAAAAGCAUGUGUUGGAGGCUGUCGUGCGAUGGCUAACACAUGAUCCAGAGACUCGAAGGGUGCAUAUGAGGGAAGUCAUGUCUGCAGUGUGGUUGCAGGGCUUGGAUGUGAGCUACCUUAGAGAACAGGCCUUGGGGGAGCCGCUGAUGAGAGAGGUGAUCAGAGAACACUGUCAGCCAGUGCUAUCAGAGAAUCCGCUGCAAGGUGAAGCUCUUCUGGCUGCUUUCAAGCCUCGAGGUUACUCUGAGUGCAUCGUUGUUGUUGGUGGAGAGGAUCGUAGGACCAGAAAACCCACUGCUCUAACUCGCUGCAUGUGUCCACUCUAUGACGCCAACCGACAAGCAUGGAUCGAGCUCCAGCCUAUGAGCAUCGCCCGUGUGGGCCAUGGAGUGGUCGCUGCUGAGGGAUUUCUAUUUGUUGUGGGUGGCACAGAUGAGAACAAUGUAAUCUUGGACACUGGUGAGAAGUAUGACCCAGACUCCAAUACAUGGAGCCCCAUACCCACGAUGUUACAGGCUCGACAGAACUUUGGAAUGGUGGAGCUAGAUGGUUUGAUUUAUAUUCUUGGCGGGGAGAAUGCAGAAUGUGAACUGAUCACCGUAGAAGUGUUUGACCCUCAUGUCAAUACCUGGAAGAUGCAGACCAGUAUGACGAUGAUCCGCAAGGUGGGAUGCUAUGCCUCUAUGAAUAAGAAGAUCUAUGCCAUGGGUGGUGGUUCCUAUGGAAAACUUUUUGACUCAGUUGAAAGCUUUGACCCUAAAACCCAGCAAUGGACAGGCCUCUGUCCACUUAAGGAGCGAAGGUUCGGAUCAGUGGCCUGUGGCAUCGGCAAAGAGCUGUACGUAUUCGGAGGGGUGAGAAGUCAAGAGAACGACAACCCACAGCAACGUCAUAUGAUGACCUGCAAGUCGGAGUUCUACCAUGACGAAAUGAGAAGGUUUGUACUCAUGUGGAUGUUCCUUGAUGACCAAAAUUUAUGUAUCCAGACUAGCUCAUCCUUUGUGUACGGUGCCGUUCCAGUCGGGGCCAGCAUCUAUGUAGUGGGGGACCUUGACACCGGUACCAGUUUCGACUACAUCCGUGAGUUUCGCCGUAGCACGGGCACCUGGCAUCGUACCAAGCCAAUGUUAGCCAGCGACCUUUCUAAAACAACCUGUGCUGCCCUGCGCAUCGCCAACUGUCGUCUGUUUCGCCUUCAAUUGAGCCAAGGGAUGUUUCGAAUCCGAGUCUGAAAUAAGGAAGGAAACAACAGCUUUUCUUUCACUUUUGCACACUUGUAAGGUCCAACCACAUUGUUGUAUGAUUUGGGUCUGGGAAUUGAUUGAACACAGAAGUAUUUAAGUAUAUAUAUCUAUGCUCUUUUUGCGGGAAAGUUUUUUGCUGUAUACUUGCUGCAUAACUUGGUGGUAAGGGAAGUUAUUUCAGCAAUUUAUUGUAAUUUUUUUAAGCUGACAUUUUAUUGAUCUAUUAGAUCAUUUGAUUUUUUUUUUAUUUGAUCAAAUGAUUUAUAUUUUUUAAGAGGCUGUAUUUAACCUUUUUUUUAAUUGGGGUCUGUUACUUAAUGAGGGAUUUAGGAAGCACUGGAAGAAACAGCAGUAUUGGGUACUUAAUGAUCACAUAUAUCUAAUAAUCAUAUCUAUAAUAAUAUCUAAUAUUUUUUCACUGUUCUAUGGAUCAUCAAUUGAAUCGUUUGACAACUGGCAUAUUGAACACCAUAACUUGGCAUCGGCAACCAAAGCCGUAGUUACGUAGCAUCUUUCAUGGAGAAGAUGCGUCUGAUAUCCGUCAGACACGAGUAUGCAUUGCCAACAGGAUGUGAACGGAACGGCUGCGUCGAACCGCUUGGCGCUUGAGAUAUUAUCGACAUUACACACGAUAUCACCGCGACACAUUGAACGAGAUUCGCGAUGUAUAGAAACAGCCACAUUGCAUACAAGCCAUCAGCGGUGUAUCACAUCUCAUGAAAACCAUUGUUCCCUAAAUGCUCUCUUUGGUGACAGAAAUGUACUUAGUCAUUAAUGCUCUUUCACGCGCUUUAUUGAAUGAGCGACAAUCAAAUAAUCACGCUUAGAAAAAGCUGAAAAAGCUUCUGAACAGCCACUAGCUCAUCUGCUCUCUUAGGUCGAAAUGGGAGUGUCCCCAAGUUGAAGUAUGUUGUCCAAGUAGUUUUUUUUUUUAAUUUGAUUGGAAUCACAUUUAGAAUGUUUAUCCUUUGAAAUUGUGCACGGUGUGACGUCACAGCACGACUUAUUAUGAAAGUACCUGCCCUCUUUGUUUUUCCUUCACGACCACUACUAGCCUUCUGAAGGUCGCCACUCCCUGGAUCUAAAAUAUGUUGCAAAUAUGUUGCAUUAAUCAUCAUCUCGAUUUACCAGUCAAUUAAUGUUCCUACCCUCACCUACCGAGGGAAAAAUAAGUAUUUAGUCAACCACUAAUUGUGCAAGUUCUCCCACUUGAAAAUAUUAACGAGUCCUGUAAUUGUCAACA